AUGGCCUCCUCGGCACUGCGCUUCGACGGGCGGGUGGUCCUGAUCACUGGCGCAGGCAAUGGCUUGGGCCGCGCGUACGCCCUGGCGUUUGCUGAGCGCGGAGCCAAAGUUGUCGUGAACGACUUGGGUGGAUCUGUGAGUGGCGAAGGCAAGAGCACGAGGGCAGCAGACGACGUUGUGGCAGAGAUCAAGCGCAAAGGCGGGAUCGCAGUGGCCAACUAUGACUCUGUUGAAGCCGGCAAAUCGCUCGUGGACACUGCCAUCCGCAACUUUGGCCGCCUCGAUAUCCUCGUCAAUAACGCCGGCAUCUUGCGUGACAAGUCCUUCUCCAAGAUGGCCGAAGCAGAGUGGGACGCCGUGUACAAUGUCCACCUCAAGGGUUCCUUCCUCGUGACCAGGGCAGCCUGGGAUGUCAUGAGAGAGCAACAGUUUGGCAGGGUAAUUAUGACCUCGUCCACGUCUGGGUUGUACGGCAACUUUGGCCAGGCCAACUACAGCGCCGCCAAGCUGGGGCUUGUUGGGUUGGCGCACACCUUGGCCAUUGAGGGCCGCAAGUACAACAUCACGUGCAACGCCGUUGCGCCAACAGCCGGCUCACGCCUCUCUGCGGGUGUCAUGCCACCAUCGUACGCUGCGGCCGUCAAGCCGGAAUUCGUCGCCCCGCUCCUGCUCUGGCUCUGUCACGACUCGUGCACGGAGACAAAAGGCAUUUACGAGGUUGGCGGUGGAUGGGUGAGCAAGCUCCGGCUGGAGCGAACACUCGGCGCUGUCAUGCGUUCCCCAACAACAACCAUCACCCCAGAAACUGUGCGGGACAAAUGGAGCGUCAUUACCGAUUGGACAAACGCCGACCACCCAGAAAGCACAGAUCAGACAACAAAACGCAUGCUUGAAAUCAUCGAAGCAAUGAAGGCAGCACCAGCACCGUCAUCGUCAUCGUCGUCACCAUCAUCAUCUCGAGAUGAACCUGUUGACGUGGUGCGUCUCGGGUGCGAUCCUGUUGAACGUCCGUCUGAUCUCGCCUACACAUAUGAGAGCGCCGACAACUUUGCUGCGUUCCCAACAUUCGCUGUCAUCCCGGCCCAGCUGUCAAUGGGAUCGACGAUCUUGGAUAUGGACGGGUUUCGCUUCCACCCGAUGAUGCUGCUACAUGGCGAGCAGCACAUUGCGUUCCACAAGCCAAUGCCAACAGAAGGCACUGUGACGUCCACUGCGCGUAUGCUCGACAUUGUGGACAAAGGAUCCGGCGCCCUGGCGCUCCUCCAAGUGGAUACGCGCGACACGAGUGGCGCUCUCGUGUGCACCAACACGUUUUCGCUGUUUGUUCGUGGCAAGGGCGGAUUUGGCGGCCCAACAACCACGAAGCACGCCCUGCCGCGUGUGAGUGUUCCGUCGUCCCCGCCGACGAAUGUCAUCGAGGAGAAGACGCACACGAACCAGGCUGCCGUGUAUCGCCUCUCUGGCGACUUCAACCCAUUGCACAUUGACCUAAACAUGGCCAAAGUCGCAAACUUCAAGCAGCCUAUCCUGCACGGCCUGUGCACAAUGGGAUAUGGCAUCCGCCACGUGUUGCAGGCCUGCUCCAAAACUGCCAAUGGCGAUGAUGACACAGGCAACCAUCCCACCAUUGCAUCACUGCAAGCGCGCUUCGCCAGUCCGGUUUUCCCCGGCGAAACGCUCCAGACAUCCGUGUGGCAAGACGGCAGCACGGCGGUGUUCCAGGUGAAGGUCGUCGAGCGCGAUGCUGUUGUUCUCACGGCGGGCCGCGUGGUAUUCGCCAGCGACGCCGAUGCAGCGGCACCCCCAGCAGCAGGAACCGCAAACAAAACUGAACAGCAGCAGCAGCAGGGGCCGGCACUGAAGGCCACGGCCAUCUUUGAGCGGAUGAAAGCGACGCUGAGUGAGAAGAUGGUGAAGAAGGCAAACGCAAUCUUCCAGUGGAACAUCAAGGACGCAGCCAAGAACACGCACGUGUGGACAGUCGACCUGAAGAAGGGAAGUGGCGAAAUCUACCGCGGACAACCGAAGAGCGGGCGCCCUGGCUGCACGCUCACGCUGAGUGAUGACGACUUUGCACAGCUUGUCGAUGGCAAGUUGGAUCCGAUGAAGGCGUUCAUGUCCGGAAAACUCAAGCUGUCCGGAAACAUGAUGCUCGCGCAGAAACUGCAGGUUCUCCUCAGGCCCUGAUGCAAGCAAUGUGUCUGCUUGAACGAAAACACACGCGCUCUCUUGUUUUUGGGGGUCGCUGCUUGUUUUCCUUGCUCUCCUUCCGCGUGCCUUGCCUUGAUAGUGUCGUGCAGUGUUGUGUGGUUCGUUUACUUGUUUCCGCUGUUGCUCUGUCAUCACCAGUCGAAUACAACACAGCAGCAGUCGCCCGCCCUCGUCUCCAAGCAACAUAACUUUCUACCACG